UUUUAUGGUCAAAUAAGAUUUGUAUUGUCCCUUUUGUUUAAAAGAAUCUCAAAGAAAGAACUUCCUUUGCAGGUCUAAUUAGAUUUGCUUGGAUAAUUUACAUAGGUGCAGUAAGCAUUCAGUUUGCUUUGCUGGAAGUUUCCAUUAAAAAAUCUCAGGUUGGACUUUGAAAAGCCUCUAUGGUUGGCUAACUAAAGGUAAGAAAUUCUACCGGGCUUCACCUGCUAUAUCUGCACCUCUUGACAUCCUUGAAAUGUUACAAGGACCUCGGUGGGCCAGGAUCGUCCUGUAAGACAGACUGCCAAUCAGGUGUGAAUAAGUUUUCCUAUGAGGAUUUUGUAACACAGCUUUCAAAAGUGAAAUUUGUUUGCCCUGGCUGGUGUAGCUCAAUGGAUUGAGCGCAGGCCUGCCAACCAGAGGAUCGCGGUUGGAUUCCCAGUCAGGGCACAUGCCUGGGUUGCAGGCCAGUUCCCAGAAGGCUAUUUCCCAGCAGGGGAAGCACUAGAGGCAACCAUACAUUGAUGUUUCUCUCCCUCUCUCCUUCCCCUCUAAAGAUAAAUAAAUAUUUUUUUAAAGUGAAACUUGUUUUCUUGAAUGUGGUUGUUGCCAAAGUUUUUUUUUAAAGAUUUUAUGUAUAUAUUUCUAGAGAGAGGCAGGGAGGGAAAAAGAGAGGGAGAGAAACGUGGAUUGUGGUCGCCUCUUGCGAGCUCCUACUGGGGAGGUUGCCCACAACCUAGGCAUCUGCUCUGACUGAGAACUGAACUGGCAACCCCUGGUUCUCAGGCCGGCAGUCAAUCUACUGAGCCACACCAGCCAGGGCUUGACAAAGUUUUUUUUUAACCAUGUUGGAGGAUUUCCACUAAGAUGCAAUAAAAUCUAAAGCCUGGAAUACCAGUCUGAGGUACUUGAGAACAAUAGGAAGUGCUGAAAGUAAUUUCCCCCCAAAAAGGUAAAAUCAUGACUCUCAUACAGAUGUCAGAACGAGCAUAUGUUAAAAAUUAUGAAUUCAUUAUUAAUGAGAACUGUGCAGUUGUUAACACCAUAUUAAAGGAGAUCCAAAGAACAGACGAAUCAGGAAUAUUUAAAUGAAUAUGCAAAGUAAGGCAAAAAUAAUUGGGGGAGACUGUCUCUCCACCUGACAGAAUGCAUUUGCAUGUCCAUAGGCAAAAAUUAUUUUUUGCUGUUAUCAGGUAUAAAUAUCAAGUUUAUAAAAAGUUCCCGCAGAAUCGGAAUAUCCUGAAGAGUGUCCUGUUAAUACGGGGCAAUUUUUUUUUGUAAAGUCCCAUGUAAUAAAUAGUUUAGAUUUUACAGGCCGUAGUCUUUGUUGCAACUCCUUGUAGGGACAGGAAACAACACAGAAACAAAUGGACUUGCCUGUGUCCCAAUAAAGCUGUAUGUUAAUGACACAUGUUUGAAUUUCACACAAUUUUCACAUUAUCCAGAAUAUUUUGAUUUUGCCUGAACAAUGCAAAAAUUUAAGAAAUAUUCUUAGCUUGUGGGCCUCAUAAAAGAGGCACUGACAGGGUUUGGCCCACGGGCUGUAGUUUGCGUUUGUGACAUGCCAUUCCGGUAGGUAAUGCAUAGGUUUCCCUUGGAACUCACAUUUUCCCUUACAGGAACAAAGGAAAUAACAUGGGUAUAUAAUUAUUUGUGCAGCAGCAGGGUUGCUGCGAAGUAAGUUAAUGCACGUUAUGUGCUCGGAACCGCGCCUAACACUUUUAUUUAUUAUUCUGCAUCUAAGGUCAGAUACUCAGCUAAAGUCAAGACCAAAGUCAAUUUCUGGACCUGACACCUACUGGGCUUCGCCCCCAAUUCCUUGAGUCUUUGCGGGAUUAUACAAUACUUCCACACCUCUAGCUGACACAGCCACAGAUCUGAAUUUUCUCUCAGGAAUGCCGCAGGAAUCUGGGUAUCUCGAGCGCUACUAGACCAGAGCUCAUGGUGGUCGAGAGCAUCAGUUCCUGGGUCCCCACGCGCGAUGGCAUCAGGUGGCUGGCGCUGGCUGCGCGGCCUAUGGGCAGCGGGGCAGCCUAUGUUCCAAGGCCGCGCACUGCUCAUUACCAACACGCUGGGUUGCGGCGUUCUCAUGGCGGCUGGGGACGGCGCACGUCAGUCCUAGGAGAUCCGCGCCCGGCCUGGCCAGAAAUUCGACCCAAGGCGCUCAGCGAGCAUGUUUGCUGUGGGCUGCAGCAUGGGCCCCUUCCUACACUACUGGUAUCUCUGGCUGGACCGCCUGUUCCCUGCGUCUGGCCUCCGUGGGCUUCCAAACAUCCUCAGGAAGGUCCUCAUCGACCAACUGGUGGCCUCUCCCCUGCUGGGUGUCUGGUACUUCUUGGGUCUUGGCAGCCUGGAGGGCCAGUCCCUGGAAGAGAGUUGCCAGGAGCUGCGGGACAAGUUCUGGGAAUUCUACAAGGCUGAUUGGUGCGUGUGGCCAGCUGCACAGCUGGUGAACUUCCUCUUUGUGCCACCCCAGUUCCGAGUCACCUACAUCAAUGGCCUGACACUGGGCUGGGACACAUACCUCUCCUACCUGAAGUACCGGGUGAGCGCACUGGACAGACCAGGCACCCAGGAGACCUUAGGGGCCACACACGUGAGCCCCAAAUGGCAGUACAGCCCCCCUCCAGGGACCUCAGUCAGGUCUCUGCAGCAUCUUUUCGGCGAGGCUGACCCCAGACAGGUGGAGAGCUUGGUGAGAAGCCUGAAGGCACGAAUGUGUAUGACCAGACCCUGUUGUGUGGACAGAUCCCCAGCCGCUUGACACGCUCAGCAUGAGUGGCACUGGGCACACUGACUUCUAGCCCACCUGGGGAGUAAGGGGAAUGGGUCCGCAGCAGGCCAGGGGCCUGGGCCAAGUUCCAGUCCCACCCUCACUCCUAGGCACCUGGUUGGGCUGCUCCUUCCAAGCCCACUACCAGGCCUCAUUUUCUCAUCUGGAACACAACCAUGAAGAUGUACAAUCAUCCCUCCUGACCGGGAGCCUCUGUAACCAGAAUGUCUCAUGCUCAGCACUGGGCCCCAGCCCCUCAACACUGCUGCAGGCUGGGCUCUGAGCCCUGGAAGAGAGGUGGGAACAUCACCUGUCUGCUGUGACUGGGGCCUAGCCUGGAGCUGGCCCCUGGGAUCUGGAGUUUUAGGCAAGACCAGGCAGCACCAGGGUUGUUCUGGUUAUGGAUUGUGUAAACUUAAUUAAAUUCUCUCCAUAACUGAAA